CCGUACACACCUGCAUGUGAGGCGUGCUCCUCUACGUCAUUCUAUAACACACUUCCGCGUUACCUGGCUGACAACAACUCAACACGGUCGGACUGUCUACCUAACUAACAAACGAACGUUGUUAAAUGACCACAAUACAUUAUCGAAGAUUUACGCAGCCACGAAUGGCUGAAAACCUAAAGACUGAGCUGGUCAGCGCCAUCCACCUGCAGGAAGUGGAAUUGUCGGACAGGCCGUCUGAGGGUCAAGAGGAUGUGAAAAACAAUAGUGACACCUUCACGGUGGAGGAGGCCGUGGAACACAUCGGAUUUGGAAAAUUUCACGUGAUGCUCUUUAUCAUCAUGGGAAGCACCAACAUCGUGGAGGCCAUGGAGAUCAUGUUCCUGCCGGUGGUUGCUCCUGAGAUUCGUUGUUUGUGGCGUCUGGAGGACUGGCAGGUGGCGCUAGUGUCCACGAUGGUGUUUUUGGGCUUCAUGGUGUGCGGCGUCCUGAGUGGAUACUUGGCUGACAAAUAUGGCCGCUGGAAGGUUGUUUUUGGAGGUUUCCUGUGGAGCACCUACUUCUCCUUCCUCACCUCCUUCGCCCCGUCCUACGCAUGGUUCAUCUUCCUGCGCAGCAUGGUGGGCUGCGGCGUGGCUGCAGUGUCGCAGGGGUUUGUGUUAAAGACCGAGUUCAUUCCAGCCAAAUAUCGAGCUGUCCUGUUGCCAUUGGCCUCCAUCUUUUGGAUGACAGGAACCAUGCUGAUCAUCAUCCUUGGAAUGCUGGUUGUUCCAACACUUGGCUGGAGGUGGAUGAUCCGCAUCUCCAUGUCCCCCAGCAUCAUCCUCUUGUUCCUCUUCCAGUUCAUUCCGGAGUCGGCUCGCUUUAACGUGUCGGCAGGAAACGUUCAGGCCGCAUUGGACACGCUAAACUGGAUUGCCAAGAUGAACAAAGCCUCUCUUCCGCCGGGACGUCUGGUGGAGCCUGUUGUGGAGAAGAGAGGCAGCUGGAGGAUUUUGAUGGGGCCCGCCUUUAGGAGGACAACUUUGCUGCUCUGGUACUCAUGGUUUGUGGCGUCCUUUACGUACUACGGGUCGGUUCUGAGUAGCUCUGAGCUUCUGGAAAAGAACUUAUUGUGUGUGACCGACGGCGACCACGAGCAUCAGGUCAAACAUCUCACUGAGGACGAACGAUGUUACUGCAUCCCCUUCGCCAACAGCGAUUAUCACACGCUCCUCAUCAGCUGCUUGGGAGAGGUUGCACUUAUCCCAGUAAACAUCUGUCUGCUCAACGUGUUUGGAAGGAAGAGGUCUUUAAUGAUGUUGCAGCUAGCGGCGGCCGUCUUCUUCCUGAUGCUCAACAUCUGUACCACAAUGUUGGGCUUCACCGUAAUUUUGUUCCUGCUACGCUCUCUGGUCUCAAUGAACUUCACUGUAGUUUAUAUCUACACGGCGGAGGUGUAUCCGACUGUGGCGCGGUCGCUGGGGAUGGGUUUCUCCACGUCGUUCAGUCGUAUCGGAGGAAUGAUCGCUCCUUUCAUCGCUCAGGUGCUCAUGUCUCAGUCUGUGAUUCUGGCGCUGAGUCCGUUCGCCACGGCGUGUGUGCUCUGUGCUGUGGGAAGCUUUCUUUUGCCGAUAGAAACAAAAGGUCGAGCUUUGCAGCAAAUCUCCUGACCCCACUACCUGAACAAAGAAUAUUUUAUUCAUUAUUUUCUAACAUGAAAGUAACUCACUGCAGUUGGAAUGUUUAGGUCAGGGCUCCCCAAACUACGGCCCGCGAGCCGGAUCCGGCCCCACAGCAUCCAAAAUCCGGCCCACAGGAAGUCCCAAGUUAAUUUUUAUUUUUUUAUAAAUCUUUCCUUUCUAAUCCAUUUUCUACCGCUUGUUACUCUUGGUGUCUCCUAGCCACUCAGGCAAAUCAUAUCGUGACGAUGUUAAAUGUUGAUGAACAUCAAUGUUAAUUGAUGUUAAAUGACAAAACGGAUUAUAAAGACAAUGUAUCUAUGUAUAUA